UAAACAAGGUGGUGGGGGUGCGAUGGCUUGGGCAUGUAUGGCUGCCACAGAUACUGGCAAACUUGUCUUCAUUGAUGAAGGAACUGCUGACGGCGGUAGCACAGUGAAUUCUGAAGUUUAUAGAAACAUCUGCUCAAGUUCCAGUAAAAGCUUCCAAGCUCACUGGAUGGCACUUCACCCUACAAGAAGGUAAUGAUCCAAAUAUACUGCUAAGGCAACACAGGAGUUUUUCAAAGCUAAAAAACUGAAAAAUCUUGAAAGGCCAAGUUGGUCACCUGAACACAUCUUCCAUAUGUUGAAGAGAGAACUUAAGGGACAAGCCCCCAAAACAAGCAGGUGCUGAAGAUGGCUGCAUUAGAAGCUUGGCAGAGCAUCACCAGAGAAGAUCCUCAGCACUUGGUGAGGUCUAAGAAUGGCAGACGUCAAGCAGACUUUGCAUGCAAGAGAAAGUUGUUUCCAAGACAAGAGAAGAGAAAUGAUGAACAUCCACCGAUUGCCACAGAGGACGAUUGCUGUAAGCUGAGUCGCGUUCCCCAAGAGCAGAUGGGCGAUGUCACACACCCCUGCGAAGGCCAGCACCGUCACACUAGUGACAAGUCCACUGAAGAUGAGCCCUGCAGGAAAGAUUCCAUAUGUACAGUUGUAGCUCCUGUGGAUGUCCUUCUGACAAGCAACCCAUAUUGUAAAGUCAAAAAGAGACAAUGUGUGAGUAAGGAGGGACCAGGUGAGCUCUCUUGGACUCGUCAACAGCCUCGGUUGUGUAAGCAGACAUGGGGCUCAGGUGAAACAGAGCAGACUGGAGGGACGUCUCUUACUCUUGGAGAGCAGGCAGAAAAUAUCAAGGAGACUACUGUACAAGAAUGCAGUGUACAGGUGAUGACCCCUUUGGAAGUGCUAUCAGAAUGCGGCGGCAACUCUGAAGGCAAACAACAGCAGGUUAUUGAGGAGGAGUUAUCUGAGCCCAAGAAGAUUACUAACUACUGGCAAGACAUGUGUGGAAGGUUGAAGAAUGUUCUGCAUCAGAAGGACAAACACAUAGAGCGGCUUUAUAUUAAAAAUGAAAGACUUGGAGCAAAACUGAGAAAGCAGGAAUCGGAAAUAAAACAGCUCCUGAGAGAAAUUUCAAAAUUUGCAUCGGAAAAGAGAGAGCUAGAAAGCAGAUUACAGAGGAUAAUUGACCCAAAAGAAUAUUUGAAGAGCACAGUGGAAGACUUGUUUAAGAAUAACAAUGAAGUAAUAAAGGAGAUUGUAGAGCAGAAGCUAUUUGAGCAGAGGCAGCAUCUUGACCAAAUAGAAAAAAAGCAUGGCUGCAAGUGUGCUGAAAUAAAAAAUAUAUUGGAUCAGAAACACAGACAUCAUAUUAAAUUAAUUCAUGAGAAGGACAAGGACAUAAAACAACUUCAUAAAAAAAUACUGAGGCUCUCUUUGGUAACUAAAGAGUUACAAUGCAAACUUCAGAUGGCAAAGAAGUUGGCAAAAUUCCAUCACAAAAAGUUUAGAGAGGUACUCAAAAAGAACAAACAACUGAUGAAAGAAAAAGAAAAAGAAGCCAUGGAUGAGAAGAAUAAUGAAGAAUCUUAUUAUCCUACUAUUUCUGAGAUGAAGGAAGACCCUGACCUUAAGCUGGUGUGUGACAAAUACAAUCUUCUGGAUAUUUUUGGAGAUGGGCGCUAUAGUCAGGUUAUGCGUGCUAACCGAAAGUCAGAUGAUGCUGCAGUUGCCAUUAAAAUGAUUGCACUGCUUCCAGACAGCAUGUGGUUAGAAGUGCCAAACGAAGAAAAGCAAGUUCCCUAUGAGGUGGGCCUCCUGCUGCAGGUUUGUGCUGAACCAAAGUGCCAAAAUAUUGUUCAGAUGUUGGACUACAUCAUAACAACCACAUUCAGCUUCAUUAUAAUGGAACGACCAGAGUCUUACAUUAACUUGAGUGACUUCAUGAGUGAUGAAAUGGGACCCAUGAAAGAAGAACAAGUACGAGGUGUCAUCCGUCAGGUUGUGGAGGCAGUUCUGCACUGUCAUUCUCGGGGGGUAUUUCACAAUGACAUUAGGCCAGGAAACAUCCUUUAUGAGCCUGUAACUGGCCAGAUAAAACUGAUUGAUUUUGACUCUGGGGAUGUACUACAGGAGAACAUGCAUUAUACAUUUCCUCCUGGGGCACCUGAAUGCUAUCCCCCAGAGUGGAAAUUCUACAAGAAAUACAAAGCAGAACCAGCCACGGUGUGGUCACUGGGUAAAAUGAUGUUUCAGAUGUUAUCUGGGAUUAUAGAAUUUGAUGAUGAAAAGGAAUCUAUCAUGAAUAGGUUGAACUCUAUAUCCCCAGUCUCCAAAGAAGCCAUGGAUCUAAUUUUGAAAUGUCUCAGCAUACAUCCCAAAGAUCGCCCCUUUCUUAAGGACAUCCAGAUGCACUCCUGGCUCCAAGAGCCAGACAAGGCCAUUAAUUACUCAUAUUAUGUGUAAGAGUUGGUAGGUAUGUGCAGAACAGUGGAAUCGGCGAGUGCCAAUGCAGAUAUGCAGGUGGGUUCCAACACUAGCUAUUCUUGGAGAUUAAUACAAAAAUGAGUUCAUCACCCUUUUAAAGACCAUUGAAUGUGGGCGAUUGUAUUUUUAAAGUCAGGUAAGAAUUUUCAAAUUUCAGUUAUGCAAAUUGAUACAAGAUGGAGGCAGAUAACACCACAUGGGUGUGGAGAAUCCAAAUAUAAUCUACGUUUAACUCCGUAUGCCACCUUACUCACUGUUGUCCUGCUCAGGAGGUACUCAGUUAAAGAAUCAGGUACCCUCUUCAAGUAAAUAGUUGUAGUAGAACACUAUUUAUGUGGGAUGAAAUGGCUCUUCUGUAAAUUGCUGAUUAAUAAGUAGGCUUUAUUUAAUGCAGAAAUAGAUUAUUUUUUAUUUUGACAUUUUUGGUGUGCACCGAACAAAGCUAGGCAAAACUCUCAGAAAGCUAAACCUGAAAAAAGAAUGCUGAAUGAAAACACAAACACUUAAAAUUGAUUGUUCGUAAAUUGUCCUGCUUGUAAAUAUUCCUUUGUAAGUUACCCGGUUUUUAAUGGAGUAACCUAAGCUCAUGUCAGGCGCUCAGAUGAUGGGAAGCCUAGAGUAGGGUUAAGGAAAACCCCUCCUGAUGUGCCAUAAUGGCAUGGUUUCAUUUCAACCAGUUUUCUAUUGGAUUUGAUGACUUGAUCCUGGUUUUGUCCUGCCAUGUAAUAAAUGACUGCCACAGUAUAUUUUAAUUUCUUG